GCGGCUUUAAGUAACGCUAAGGAGACGCGCGUGUGCAACGUUUUUGAAUAUUUCCAGUGAAGUGAAACAUUUAGACUUGUGUACUUAAAGGAAAAAUCUGCGAAUAUGUGCAAUAAAUUAAUGAAAGCAGCGCCAAUGAUGGGGUUGUUUUUGUUGCCGCUGCUUCUCUGCAUUUCUAGCGGCGCGGCCAUAAAAUGCUUCGUCUGCGAUUCGAGCGACAAUCCCAGCUGUGCGGAUCUGAAAUCGAAUUCAAGCAUUGUGCCCGAGGAAUGUACGCUGGACAAAAUGAAGUCGCUGGACACUUGGCUGUUCGAACUGAACAAAUUUUCAUAUUUCGACAAUGGCGCGAAUAAAAGUCCGCUUAUGAAUUGCCAGAAGGUGGUGGCCAGAGAUCCGGACACACAACAUCUGGUGACGGCGCGCUUCUGCCAACUGGACACUGGUGACUCGGAUGCCUGCGACAUAUUGCGGACAAAGCUGCGCAUCAAUAGCGAUGGCAGCUACGCCCAGCGAGAGCAGCGUCGCAACGGCAAUGGCAAUGGACAGCGGCUCUAUGGGCAGGAGAACGGUGCCAGGGAGGAGACAGAAGGCGAUGAGUCGGGAGAGGAAUUCUUCUGCUCGAUUUGCAAGACAGAUCGCUGCAAUGGCGCCGCAGCUGUGACGCUGCCUCCCAUGCUAAUGGCAGUCGCAGUCGCCUUUGGCGUCGCUGCCCGACGCUCUCGCUGUUGAAGUUACGGAGAGUGUGUUAGUGCCGUUGAUUGCAUUUAGGUUGAAAUACAGUUAAGAUACGGUUAGAGAGGCAAAUAAUUUGGAGGUAACAUUAUCGAGCUUUACAAGUCCAACAAGAGUUUUAAGCUAAACAAUAGUUUUCUGCUACACCAAACUUCUCUGGGACUUACUAAUUAUUCAAGUCUACCUGUAAAAUGCGGCAAGCUGUUUGCAUUUUUGGCCGUAGCUUACAAUUUACUUUGUAAAUAUUGAGGGUACGUACAAACAUACCCAAGCGAUGUCGUUGACUUAUGCAACUGUUUUGCCCCCCCACCACCACCACCUACAAUCUCCCUAACUGGCCGCUCUACCCAACCUAGCCAUGUAAGUUACAAGAAACUAUUACACCGAUAUUAACCCAGAAACACCAACACACACAAAUGCACGCGAAAGCAAUCGCAAAUUUUAAUUAGUGUUAGUGUUGAACACGGAGCAAAGCUUAGCGCUUUGUUCGUCGUUGCCUAACACACCCAACCAUACAUAAAUUUGAACUAUCGGCACUUUAACUUGACAGCUUUAUUCUUAAAAUAUAUGCAUGUUGCUUACGGAAAUAACAUCAGUAGUAAAUCAUCGUUUGAUAUACAAAUAUUGGUUUUUGCAGACUUUAAUUUUCCAAUUA